AUGAAGCUCUUCAGCCGUACCGGUGCUCUAGCAGCCCUUCUGGCGGCUACGCCACUUCUCGAUGGAGUCGCCGCGCAGUCCCCCGUCCCGACCACCUUCACCGACCCAGGAACCGGCAUCAUCUUCAACACCUGGUCGGCCAGCAGUGCCCAGACGGCCGGAGGCAUGACCUAUGGUUUUGCCCUGCCUGAGAACGCCCUGACAACCAACGCCAACGAGUUCAUCGGUUACCUGCAAUGCGCAUCCAAGAACGGCCAAGGCACCGGCUGGUGCGGUAUCUCGAUUGGCGGCUACAUGGUCAACAGGCUCCUCGUCGUGGCAUGGCCCAACGCCGGCGAGAUCCUCACCUCGUUCCGCUGGGCAUCCGGCUUCGAGAUGCCCCCCGUCUACGCCGGCGACGCCAAGCUGACGCAGAUCGCGUCCACCAUCAACGCAACGCACUACACCCUCAUCUACCGCUGCCAGAACUGCUUCCAGUGGGACCACAACGGCGUCACGGGAAGCAUCCCCACCAGCGCGGGAGGCAUGGCCCUCGGCUGGGUCCAGGCCUUCAACAGCCCGACCAACCCGUCUUGUCCCGCCAACAUCGUUUUGGCCCAGCACGACAACCAGGGCAUCCACGGCGCCGGACUGGACACCACCGUGGCCAACCCCUCCUACUCGGCCUGGGCUGCCCUCGCCACCAAGACCGUGACCGGUAACUGCGGAGGCGGCUCCACGGCCACGUCGGCGCCGACCUCUACGGCGACCGGCGUCCCGGGACCCACCGGGGUGCCCGUGCCCUCCGGCACGUACGACUAUAUCGUGGUCGGAGCCGGCGCUGGCGGCAUCCCGCUCGCCGACAAGCUGAGCGAGGCAGGUAAGAGCGUGCUGCUGAUCGAAAAGGGACCGCCGUCCUCGGGCCGAUGGGGCGGCACCAUGAAGCCCGCUUGGCUCGAAGGCACCAACCUGACCAGGUUCGACGUGCCUGGUCUCUGCAACCAGAUCUGGCGCGCCUCGGGCGGAAUCGCCUGCCAGGACACCGACCAGAUGGCCGGCUGCGUGCUCGGCGGAGGCACGGCCAUCAACGCCGCUCUUUGGUGGAAGCCCUACGCCCAGGACUGGGACUACAACUUCCCCUCGGGCUGGAAGUCGAGCGACGUCGCCGCCGCGACGAGCCGCGUCUUCUCCCGCAUCCCUGGCACCACGACGCCGUCCCAGGACGGCAAGGUCUACCUCACCAACGGCUUCAACGCCAUCGCCGGCGGCCUGCGCACCUCGGGCUGGCGGGAGCUCGACCUCAACGCCAACCCCAACGCCAAGAACCGCACGUUCGGCAAGACGCCCUACAUGUACUCGGGCGGCGAGCGUGGCGGGCCCAUGGCGACGUACCUGGUCUCGGCGAGCAAGCGCGGCAACUUCAAGCUGUGGACCAGGACGGCCGUCAGGCGCGUCGUCCGCUCGGGCGGGCACAUCACGGGCAUCGAGGUCGAGCCCUACCAAGAGGGCGGCUACGUCGGGACGGUCAACGUGACCCCCGUCACGGGCCGCGUCAUCCUGUCGGCCGGCACGUUCGGGAGCGCCAAGGUGCUGCUGCGCAGCGGCAUCGGGCCGACGGACCAGCUCGAGGUCGUCAAGGGCACCACGGACGGGCCGACGAUGAUCGGCAACUCGUCGUGGAUCAACCUGCCUGUGGGGUACAACCUCGAGGAUCAUACCAACACCGACACCGUCGUCACUCACCCGGACGUGCAGUUCUACGACUUCUACGCCGCCUACGUCGGCCCCAACGCCACCGAGAAGGACGCCUACCUGCAGAAGCGGAGCGGCAUCCUGGCCCAGUCCGCGCCCAACAUCGGGCCCCUAUUCUUUGAGGAGAUCAAGGGCGCAGACGGCAUCACGCGCCAACUGCAGUACACGGCUCGCAUGGAGGGCAGCCUCGACGUCCCCGACGGCAAGGCCAUCACCAUCAGCCAGUACCUCGGCCGCGGCGCCACCUCGCGCGGCCGCAUGACCAUCAACGCCGCCCUCAGCACCGUCGUCUCCACGCAGCCGUACCUGAACGACCAGAACGACGUCGAGGCCGUCAUCAAGGGUCUCGAGAACCUGCAGGCCUCGCUCCGCGGCGUGCCCAAUCUCAUCUGGAACUUCCCUCCGCCCGGUACCUCGGUCCGGGACUACGUCAACAGCACGCCCAAGACGUACACAAGCCGCCGCGCGAACCAUUGGAUCGGCACCAACAAGCUCGGCACCAGAGACGGCCGCAGCGCAGGCGACGCCGUCGUCGACCUCAACACAAAGGUCUACGGCACGGACAACCUCUUCGUCGUCGACGCCUCCAUCUUCCCGGGCAUGGUGACGACGAACCCGUCGUCGUACAUAGUCGUCGCCGCAGAGCACGCCGCCGCGCGCAUCCUCGCCCUCGCGACCGCGACCGCGCAGCCGCUGUACGCCCAGUGCGGCGGGUCGACGUGGAACGGCAGCUUCCAGUGCGCCGCCGGCCUGAAGUGCACCUUCAAGGACGCGUACUACUCGCAGUGUCUCUAA